AAUUGUCAUAUGACAUUUCGUUUUGCGUUUGCGCUAUUGUACUUCUAGCUUUUGUAUUGUCAGCUGUGUUUAAAAGCAAGCUAUCUACCGGUGGUAAAGAGUUUCCAGCAUCUGUUUUGAUUAGAAAAUUUCAUAAAAAAACUUCUUUGAAUUAAAGUUGUUUUGGUUAGCAAUACAAUAUAUAAGUAUUGACAUACCUAUAUAUUGUAACAAUUUAUCUAAAAUUAAAAAAAUGUAUGUCAUGCCAUAACAAAAGGCUGUUGUUCAAAUCAAAAACCACGUUGGAAUUUAGAGCCAUUUAUUUUGGCUGGAAAUAACAAGAAUUUAAUAUAUAGAAACUUCAGCUGUCAAUAUAGACACACCAGUAAUCCAGAUUAUAUAUGUAACAUAUUUAUAUCCUGAAUAUUCAGAGGAGCAAACUAAUUAGCAAAAUGAAUAUUGGAAUUAGAGGGAAUAGAGAUAUAUGUAAAUUCAAUCUUCGAGGAAUAUGUAGAUUUGGGAAUAGAUGUUGGAAUCUCCACGAAACUCCUGAAAUGGUGGAGUCAAAGAUCUAUAUUGAGUCAAAGGAAGAAGAUGGUGCUCGAGCUCUAUCUCCUACAAGACCAAAAGAACCAUUGAGAGAAAUUUAUGGGCCCAGUACAUCUUCUGCACAAGCAGCAAUAACUUUAGUAAAGAUUAGUGAAUCCGAAGAAAAAGUUUGUGGCAUUUGUUUUGAUACAAUCUUGAAAAAAGUUGAAAGAUCCGAACAAACAUUUGGUAUACUUCCUAACUGUAAUCAUUGUUUUUGUUUCCCUUGCAUUAGAAAAUGGAGACAGAGUAAAGAAUUUGAUUUUGAUGUUUCAAAAGCAUGCCCCGAAUGUAGAAUUGCUUCAGAUUACGUUUAUCCUUCGAAAGUAUGGUUGGAAACCAAAGAAGAAAAAGUUAAUUUCAUCGAUAACCACAGGAGAAGAAUGAAAACUCAAGACUGUAAAUAUUUCCGCAAGGGAAAAGGAAAAUGUCCAUUUGGAAAUACCUGUUUAUAUUUACAUUCUCUACCAAAUGGACUUGUAGUAGAUGUAGGACCUCCUAGUGCAAGAAGACAUGGACUAGAUUCUGCGGUGGAGAGAGAAUCAGAGAUAUUACAACAACUGUUAUAUUGGAUUAACGACGAGGAUGAUUUACUGGAAUCAGAUGGUGAAGAUGAGUUUGAGUUAGAAUUAGACGAUCCUUUGAUAGCCGUCCAGUAUUACGAUAAGGACGAUCUUGAAUAUUACGUUGCCAUGAAUCGUCUUAUGAAUGGAUCAGAUUCUGAUGAUGAUGACAUCUCGUUUUUCGAUUAAAUAUUUAUUAUUAAUAAAAAAAAUAAUUGUUGAUAUUUUUCUACUUAUAGUUAUCCCAUAUCUUUUGCUACCUAUUGAAUAUAAUUUAGACAUGUGUAUUUUUAAGUAAUAAAUUCUAGUUGCAAAAAGGA